GCGGCGGCGGCGACGGCGGCGACGGCUGUGGAAGGAGCGCGGUGGCCCAGGAGCGGCCCCGGGGACCCCGCGUGGCUGACAGCCGCCGCGGCGACUCGCAGCGGGCGCGGGUCUCAGAGCCCCAGCCCCAGCGCCGCCCCCCGGGCCGGCCCCCGUCCCUCCCUCGGCCCUCCUCCUCCUCCUCCCUCCUCCUUCUCCUCCCUCCUCCCUGGUCGCUCGCGGGCCGGGCCCGGCAUGGUGCGGCGUCGCCGCCGAUGGCGCUGAGGCGGAGCAUGGGGCGGUCGGGGCUCCCACCGCUACCGCGGCCGCCGCCGCCGCCGCUGCUGCUGCUGGCGGGUCUGGCGGUUCUGCUGCUCCCCGAGCCCGCGGCCGCAGGCCUGAAGCUCAUGGGGGCCCCAGUGAAGCUGACGGUGUCUCAGGGACAGCCGGUGAAGCUCAACUGCAGUGUGGAGGGGAUGGAAGAGCCUGAGAUCCAGUGGGUGAAGGACGGGGCUGUGGUCCACAGCAUGGAUCAGGUGUACAUCCCCGUCAGUGAGCAGCACUGGAUUGGCUUCCUCAGCCUGAAGUCAGUGGAGCGCUCUGAUGCGGGCCGGUACUGGUGCCAGGUGGAGGAUGGCGGCGAAACCGAGACCUCCCAGCCAGUGUGGCUCACGGUAGAAGGUGUGCCAUUUUUCACUGUGGAGCCAAAAGACCUGGCAGUACCGCCUAAUGCCCCUUUCCAACUGUUUUGUGAGGCCGUGGGGCCCCCGGAACCUGUUACCAUUAUCUGGUGGAGAGGAGGCACGCAGGUUGGGGGACCUGCUCCCUCUCCUUCUGUUUUAAAUGUCACAGGGGUGACCCAGAGCACUGUGUUCUCCUGUGAAGCUCACAACCCAAAAGGCCUGGCCUCUUCUCGCACGGCCACUGUUCAUCUUCAAGCACUGCCCGCAGCCCCCUUCAACAUCACAGUGACGAAGCUCUCCAGCAGCAACGUUAGCGUGGCCUGGGUGCCGGGGUCCGACGGCCGAGCCCUGAUCCAAUCCUGUACAGUCCAGGUGACUCAGGCCCCAGGAGACUGGGAGGUUCUGGCUGUCAUGGUCCCCGUGCCACCUUUUACCUGCCUGCUUCGGGACCUGACACCUGCCACCAACUACAGCCUCAGGGUUCGCUGUGCUAAUGCCUUGGGGCCAUCUCCAUAUGCUGACUGGGUGCCCUUUCGGACGAAGGGUCUAGCCCCAGCCAGUGCUCCCCAGAACCUCCGUGCCAUCCGCACAGACUCUGGCCUCAUCCUGGAGUGGGAAGAAGUGAUCCCCGAGGGCCCUUCAGAAGGCCCCCUGGGACCCUAUAAAAUGUCCUGGGCUCAAGACAACGGUACCCAGGGUGAGAUGACGGUGGAGGGGACCAGGGCCAACCUGACGGGCUGGGACCCCCAGAAGGACCUGACUGUGCGUGUGUGUGUCAGCAAUGCAGUUGGCUGUGGGCCCUGGAGUCAGCCACUGGUGGUCUCUUCUCAUGACCACGCAGGCCAGCAGGGUGCUCCCCACAGCCGCACAUCCUGGGUGCCGGUGGUCCUGGGUGUGCUGACAGCCUUGGUGACAGCUGCUGCCCUGGCCCUCAUCCUGCUUCGAAAGAGGAGGAAGGAGACACGGUUUGGGCAAGCCUUUGACAGCGUCAUGGCCCGGGGGGAGCCAGCUGUUCACUUCCGGGCAGCACGGUCCUUCAAUCGGGAAAGGCCUGAACGCAUCGAGGCCACACUGGACAGUUUGGGCAUCAGUGAUGAGCUGAAGGACAAACUGGAAGAUGUGCUCAUCCCGGAGCAGCAGUUCACCCUGGGCCGGAUGUUGGGUAAAGGAGAGUUUGGUUCAGUGCGGGAGGCCCAGUUGAAGCAGGAGGAUGGCUCCUUUGUGAAAGUGGCUGUAAAGAUGCUGAAAGCUGACAUCAUUGCCUCGAGCGACAUUGAAGAGUUCCUCAGGGAAGCGGCUUGCAUGAAGGAGUUUGACCACCCACACGUGGCCAAGCUUGUUGGGGUGAGCCUCCGGAGCAGGGCCAAAGGCCGUCUUCCCAUCCCCAUGGUCAUCCUGCCUUUCAUGAAGCACGGGGACCUGCAUGCCUUCCUGCUCUCCUCCCGGAUUGGCGAGAACCCCUUCAACCUGCCGCUGCAGACCCUGGUCCGGUUCAUGGUGGACAUUGCCUGUGGCAUGGAGUAUCUGAGCUCCCGGAACUUUAUCCACCGAGACCUGGCUGCUCGGAACUGCAUGCUGGCAGAAGACAUGACAGUGUGUGUGGCUGACUUUGGACUCUCCCGGAAGAUCUACAGUGGGGACUACUAUCGUCAGGGCUGUGCCUCCAAACUGCCUGUUAAGUGGCUGGCCCUGGAGAGCCUGGCUGACAACCUGUACACUGUGCACAGUGACGUGUGGGCCUUCGGGGUGACCAUGUGGGAGAUCAUGACUCGUGGGCAGACGCCAUAUGCCGGCAUCGAGAACGCUGAGAUUUACAACUACCUCAUCGGCGGGAACCGCCUGAAACAGCCUCCGGAGUGUAUGGAAGACGUGUAUGAGCUCAUGUACCAAUGCUGGAGUGCCGACCCCAAGCAGCGCCCAAGCUUCACGUGUCUACGAAUGGAGUUGGAGACGGUCCUGGGCCGCCUGUCUGUACUGUCCGCCAGCCAGGACCCCUUGUACAUCAACCUUGAGGGGGCCCAGGAGCCUACUGAGGGAGGCGACCUGGAGCUGCCUGGCGGGGACCAGGCCAGCAGCGGGGCGGGGGAUGGCAGUGGCCUGGGGGCCGUGGGGGGCACCCCCAGUGACUAUCGGUACAUCCUCAGCCCUGGGGAGCUGGCUGAGCGGCCUGGGCAGGGGGAGCAGCAGCCAGAGAGCCCCGUCACUGAGUCUCAGAGGCUGCUGCUACUGCAGCAGGGGCUACUGCCCCACAGUAGCUGUUAGCCCAUAGGCCGAGGGCAUCCGGGGCCACGUGGCUGGCUCUGCGGGCCGCUGUGCUGGCUGACUAAGCCCCGUCUGACCCCAGCCCAGGCGGCAAGGCGUGGAGGCUCCUGUGGUAGCCCUCCUGAGCUGUGCUGGAAGCCUGGACUGACCACAUCACCCAAUCCCAGUUCUUCCUGCAAAACUCUGUGGCCGGCCUGGCAUCAGUUCAGGCCUCUGCUGGGUGGAGGUGGGCCAGGCCUGGUUGUCUAAAUGCAGGCAGCUGGCAGAGGGGGUGGUUAUGUUUCCAUGGUUACCAUGGGUGUGGAGAGAAGUUGGGGCCCCUAUCUCCCAGCUGAGCGGCCCUGCUGCUUCAGUGCAUGCAUUGAGGCGUCUCUGGCCUGGGGGCCCAUCUGUGCCUGUGCUUGGGGUUUAAAUGUCCAGGUUUGCCCCUCCUCACAAAGAGAUGCCCUUGUAUUAUUCCCCUUUAGGUGAGACUGGGUAAGGGAUUGGUACAGUCGGGUCCCGAGCUCUAUAGCGUGAGGUAGUGGGACACUCAGGUCUGAAUUGUUGUCACCUUCCCUGUUACCCAUCCUGUCUAGGUCAGGAGUAAAGAGCAGCUGAGCAGAUCAUGGUCAGGAAUGCUGAAUGUCAUGGGCCAUCCUUUGCCCAGCUUUUAAAGGCAGUACACUGAGGAGCUGGGCAAGAGGAAGGGGUGCUGUGCAAUUUGCCCAGGAAUGAAUGAGGCCAGAGAGGAGUCCAGGAGCCCCUCUUCACGCCCUCCUGUCUGAGCAUGCUGCUGCUACUGCUAAGUCACUUCAGUCAUGUCUGACUCUGUGUGACCCCAUAGGUGGCAGCCCACCAGGCU